AUGGCCCGCAAGCGCAGGGCGGUCGGCCGCGGCAGUACCAGAAAGCAUCCGGCGAGGGGCCGUCCUUCUGGCUCUACUAAUGCGGCGAAGUCGACCAACGCGGGCAAGUCGAGCGGCGCUAUGUCGGCGGGAAACACCAGGCCGAAGCGCAACCCGAGGAGAGCUGCGAAAGAUCGGUUCGAGGAACACAUGCUCAUGACGAGCCCGAACUCGCAGCUAGUGGAUUUGGACCUUGUGAAACUCCUCGCGCGCCCAGAAGCUUGGGAUUGCCUCGAAGAAGCGGAGAAGCAAGAAAUCCUAAACCUCCUCCCGGAAGACGUCCAUCCCAGCCUGCAUCCUUCGCCAGAUGAUCCGGAUGCAAAGAUCCCUCCUUUGCCCCAGACAUUCCUUCGCUACUCGAAUAACUGGCGAGACGGAGUGCGACAAUUUCAGCUGGAUCUGCAGCUCGGUCGUUACGAUCCAGAAUGGCUACGACAGGCCGAAGAGGCUUCGCAGCAACGAGCUGCAGGAAAUUUUGACAAAUUCAAGGAGCAAGAGUUUGAGGAGUUCUGGGGCCAGAAACAGAAAGUGGAUCAAAGACUUGCGUCCGGAGAGAGCUCCCAAGUGAGAUUGACGACUUUGGUGGAGAAGGGCAUUAUUCAGAAAGGAGACGUCUGGAGGUUGUCGCGGACAUUUACCAAUGGAGGGAAGAACAAGGUCCUUAUUGAGAAAGAAGCCAAGGUUGUGGACAUCAAGAACGGAAAAUUAACAUUUCUAAUUCCUCCCGGGCAACGGGUUGUUCUUCCUGUCGUUGAUUCUCAAAAGUUGGAAAAUUCCUCGACCAACGGCACCUCCAACUCAGUUCAACCGUUCGCCGAUAUUGUGGAAACGAAGGAUCACGUCGAAGGAACCGAAGACUUACAUCUGAAUGGUAACGACACGCGGACUACUGGUGCCACCCAGUUGCCUCGACCCAGGAAACGUGCACACACAACUGCUAAAUCCGAGCAUGAAAAGCCUCCGACUAAUGAUACAAUCGAAACUGGUUUUACCACCGAGUCCACGGCGACAUUCGCAGUGGAGGUUCAUAACCAGCCCGUAGGAACGGAGCUAGGACAGCCUCCACAAGACAACGCUAUUGAGGCCAAUUUGGAAGCAGAAGAUAGCCAUAAGGAAACAGACAAGUCUGUUCACCCGGAAAUUGCAUGUGCCAACGAAGACAGUCCGUCGCCGAUCGCUACGGACGUCGACGGGGUGAUCGUUCCCGAUAUUCAGUCGCCUAGUGCCCUUCUCCUCAAAAUCGUGGAAAUUGACGGGCGGGUCACUGGCAAGAUCUCUCAUGGCAAUUCGUGGAAAGAUUUCCGCUGCCAUCGGGACAAUCAGGACAUGGGAAGCUUGUUCGACAUCAGAUACCAGUGGUAUUCCAGAAAAAAAUGA